AUGUCCGAGGGAACGACGUCGCCGUUCAGCAUAACUUCGAGUGAGACCUCUCCCGUCCUCGCCAACUCCCCCCUCUCCCCCUCCCCUGACGACGCCGCGUCCACCACCAGCAAGAAGAAAAAGAAGAAGAAGACAAAGAAGGCAAAGUCCAAGCAGGGCGGCAGCGGCAGCGACGCCUCCAAGCAGCACACUCCGGACACGGAGCGGCCCCCCGUGCUCUGCAUCAGCCGCAACAAGCACUGGCGGUACAUCAGCUCCUACCAUGGUCCCUGGCUGCAGCUCCCGCUCGAGCUCCUGGAGAGCCUUCUGGUCCUGAACCUCGAUCCCGCGACGCUCGCCAGCCCAGACACAUCUCUCCCUGCGCUCCCACCCCCGCAGAGCCCGUACUCCAACUUCGGCUCGCAAUACUCGCGCACGCCACGUCUCCGCGAGCGCGACCGCGCCUUCCCCAGGCUCGCAGAGUACACACCACCCGAUUCACCACGAAGUACAUUCUCAGGCGGCGGCGUGGGCUACGGAGGCGGUUACGGAGGCGGGGGCAGCACCCCGUACGCACAUACACACGGCAUCCCGCUCUCCCCGAGCGCACCGCCGUUCCCAGCGCCCCCGCCGGGCAAAGCGACACCGCCCCCGAUUGAUCCGGGCGUGUUCAGAAACGUGACCGCGAUCAGACGGCUCAUCGACGAGGCCUCGGAGCUCUCUGUGCGCGCAAGCUCGGGGCUCUCUGCCGCUGCGCUCGGCUCGAUGCGCGCUGGGGGCGGCUACGGCGGAGGAGGCAUAGGUGGAGGGGGUAUGGGCAUGGGCGGGGGCGGAGGUAGCGCGUGGGCCGCGCAGGCGCUUGGCUUGGACGGGUCGGGGAUGGUGAAUAAUGGCGGGAGGAACGUCGCGAUGAGCGCGAUGCGCGUGCACAGGCUCAGGGCGCUGGCGGUGCAGAAGCUCGCGGCGGCGUACAAGGCGGACGAGAUCGCGAGCAGUGUGAUGGUCAUGCAGGGCGGGAGCGUGUUUGACGAUAUCGCGGAGCGGGUGCUCAAGCACGAUCCACACGACAUCGACGCGCGCUACGUCCACUUCUUCCACGAAAAGAUUCCCUCGCGCCAGCUGGCUGACUCGACGACGACGCACGUCCUCGACGAGCUCAUCGCCGCGCAGCCGCACCGGCUCGAGUUCUACCGCACGCGCGGCAUCGUGCACUGCUUCCGCGACGAGUACGCGCCCGCGGUCAAGGACUUUACGUUCGCGCUCAAGGAGACGCGCGCGCAGCGCCGGGCGCGGAUGGCGCAUCACUAUCCGUCGUCUGUUGCUUCGGACGGCAGGAAGGGAGGGAAGAAGAAGAAGGGGGCGCGUCAGAAGACGCAGGGGCAGGCGCCGCCGAAUGGGACGAGUUCACGGACUGCAGAGACAGCGGAUUGCUGCGCCGCGGCGGGUGGAGGCGGCGGCGGAGUAGGCGGGGCAGGGGGACUCGGACCGGGAUUUGCGGGAGGAGGAGACGACGAGCCCCUGCCCGUGCACCCGUCCGUGCUCCCCGACGCACCCGACCCGCUCGAGCCGCAACUGCUCUUCCUCCGCGGCGCCGCGUACCUCCAACACGCCGUGCACCUCAUCGAGAACGCGAUCCUCGCGCUCGAGGGAAUCGACAGCGCGCCGGCCGCGCUCGACGGCGGCGAGCCGCGCCUGUGCUACAUCGACAACGGGCGCUUCGGGGGCGUCGAGGUCGGGAACCCGGCGGGGCCGCUCGGGCGCGCGGACGAGCCCAAGGCGCGGGCGUACGAAAUUGUGCUCGGCGACGCCGAGUUCCGCGCGUUGGUGUUUGGCCUGCUGAGGAAGGCGGUGCGAGACCAUGAGCGGUUUUUGGCGCAUUUCGAUAGUAUCGAGGGGCCCCCGCCGGAUCCGCGCGCCGCGGCGGAGAUGAGCGUGCCCAUGCGUGUGGAGAUGGCGCUUAUGCUUACUGAGAGCGUGCGCCCCGGGAGCGCUGCUUCUGCUGCUGCGGGAGGGGGGUUGGCGGAUAUGGACGCAGUCCUGCCGGCGCUGUUCACGACGUACCACCCGCUCCUCGUCGAGUCGCACUUCAGCAUUCUGCUCGCGCAGCUCAUGCUCGGGUCCUUUGGCGAGCUGCUGCACGCCUUCCCGCGCGCGGCGGUCCUCGUGGACAGUCUCGAGGGGUAUCCGGUGUUCCUCCCGCCGCGCUCGAUGGCGCAGGCCGAGUUCGUCGAGGUGCUCGAGCGUCUCGCGGGCGGGUGGGCGGUGGGCGUGCAGCCGCAUUCGUAUAUGCGCGGCGGGGCUGCGGCGGGGAAGCUUAAGCUGGCGAUCGAGCCGCCGCCGAUGAUGCCUGCGACGUCGUCGUCGGUUCUGCCAGCUACCCCGGAGGAAGGAUGGCUCGCGGCUGAAGGAGAAGCAGCAAACGGCACCACCCACCCUAUCGCGUCCUCGUCCUCCUCGUCCUCGACCCCCAUAGUCCCACCUUCCGCGUCCUCGAGCUCGUCCCCCGGCCCCUCGUCCUCUUCGUUGCCUACUCCGCCGCCCUCAUCCGAGUUCUCCGAAGACACACACGCUCACCACAGCGCCGAACGCCGCGCCGUGCUCCUCGAGUCGCUCGACGCCCUACGCAUCCUGCUCAGCCCGGUCGCAGCGCGCCAGGCCCAGCGGGAGCGCGACGCAGCCCCGAGCGCGGGCACGGGCGCAUCCAAAAAGCCGCUCAACCUCAAUAUACCGCUGCACGGCCCGCGCGUGGAGAUCGUGCUCGCGUUCCUCGCUGCUGUGCAUCUCGGCGAGCUGGAGAGCGUCGCGUGAGGAUACUGUCAAGACGCUGGCUAUCGUAAUUGGAGCAGAUAAACACAAACUGGAGAGAAGCAGAAUAUGGUGCUUAAAUUAUUUGCGAUGAGAUGACUAUUAUCACUAUAACGAUUGGAGUAUGCCUGAAAUACAGAGAACCACACGCGUGAAGAGUGUGGUG